GUGAGCGUGCUCCAACAUUCUGAGAAGAUGUGCCCCACGCUGCGCUUGUUGGUGCUCGUAAGCAUUAUAGGAUGCGUUGAACUGAUCACAGUCAGCACUCCGCAUAAAUAUGUCAAUGUUACAACGGGUGGAAGUGUCGUACUCGAAUGUAUGUUCGUCACAACUGGAGAGACCACCGGCCUCACCAUCCAGUGGGACUUUGUUUCAUCGUCCUCCCUGACGCCACAGCAGGUGUAUUACUAUCAAUCGGGAAAGGAUGUAAUUACCAAAUUGUAUGAGGGCAGGAUUCAGCCUCCCUCUUCUCCCGGCAAGACCAGAAACGCCUCAAUUAUAAUAAGCAACAUGCAGUCAUCAGAUGCCGGAGUCUACACCUGUCAGGUUCACAACUUUCCUGAUGUGGACGGACAGUCUGAGGCCAAUAUCAUUGUGAAUGUUCUCGAGAGGCCCUCUGUGCCUUAUUGCUCCGUCCACGGUGAUGUGGAGUCGGGUCACCUGGUCACUCUGACCUGCCACAGUGAGCGAGGCAGCCCGAACCCGACAUACACCUGGAUCAGACUGGAUCAGACCAAGACAAGGAGGCCCGUACUGGGGAGAACCACCAAAACUGGAAUACUGGAAAUCAGAAACAUAUCCCAGUUUGAGUUUGGAGAGUACCAGUGCAAUGCUACAAAUUCGGUGGGAUUUUCAAUUUGCACUAUAGAGCUGAAUCAUGAAGUGGGAGAUGGAGUGAUUGUUGGCGCAGUGAUCGGCGCGAUGCUCGGGUGUGUCCUGAUCAUCCUGGUCGUGUGGUUCAUCGCUCACACUGUGAAGAAGCACAAAUACAAAGCUGUCAAAGCAUCAGAGGCCAACGAGAUGAAGAGGAGCUCUCCUCGGGCCCUGGAAGCCUCAGAUAGCGUUCCCGUGGCAACCACAGCCGGCAACCUCCACGCUGAGGGAGAUGAGCCACACGCCUAAAAAAAGGCCUGCAGAAAACAACUGGAGCAACGUCACUCCUCUGAACAACAGGAUGUCUUAGCACACGUCAUUCUCACAUUUAAUCAAUAUGACCGAGCUCAUGUUCGUGUUUGAACUUUUUUGUUACAUGUUUUCUGAUUCUAGAAAGUUUUUGUGCUCAACAUGAAUUCAGUCUUGAACAGCUUUUUUUUAUCUGUCUUUUUUGUUUACUUAAAAUUGGCUUGAAUGUAGACACAAUGUUUGUUUCACCAUUUCACAGUUAGUAUGCCAACCAAACCAUGUUGAUGCGCACUGCAUUGGAUAUACAGGCUACAUAAUAUUACAACCAAAACUUGAAUUUAUUGUAUGAAAUAGGACAUUAAAAAUUAUUGUGUUAAAAGACUAAAUAUAGUCCUACAUUCAAAUCUUUUAAAUGAUAAAAUAUCUUAAGUACAACAAUUACAAUAGAAAAUGUAAUUCUUUUCUUUUAUAUGCAAACUAACUACUAAAUGAGCUCCCAGAUCUCUCUUUAGUAGAUCUUUCAUAUUACAAACAAAUACAAAUCCAGCUGCGGAUGAAGUUUGACUGUUUUAUGUAAUAACGUUCA